AAUGAGGCAUGGCUAAAAUGCAUGAUCUGUUUGAUAUUUUGAAAACAGAAACGUAUAAAUAUACUUUAUAUAGGUAUGGCCCUACAAUAUAUCAUUUAAAUAUAGCAUGAUACGUGUCCUUUAAGGUUUUUUAAUUACCCAGAAAUAAACCGAAGUGUCGUUUCCGAUCGAAAAAAGGACCAAGACUCUGAGAAAAUCAAGGGUCCAUCCCAAAAGGAGACCCAUGAAUCACUAGGACUCUCACUUAGUCUACUGACAAGGACCUACAAGGACCUGAGAAAGGAAGGGAAAGGCUUUCCUUUGGGUCACCCAGAAGGUAGGUGGACUAUCUUUUACGAUUCCAAAGACACUCACUAAGAGAGCUUUGAUUCAAAUCAAAAGUUCUCUAGAAACCUGGGGGUACCCAGAAGAGACCGCAGACGCAUAGUGGACCCUUCAGAUCAUCUAAAGAAAACCUACAAGUCUUUAAAGAACUAGGGGAAGGCUUUUGUUUUAUUAACCCAGAAAGAUCUAUCAAAUCGAAGAACUCACCAAGACUCAUCAAUCAAGGGUCCACUAGAUCGUCUGAAGGAACUCUAAGAGCCAAAGGAGUCAAGGACAACCACUUCGCUUAGGGUUAGGGCUCUUUCUUGAUCCUUCCUACCAAAGGUCAUUACAGUCCUUGACAGCGGUCUGUUCUACUGGAUUAACAACGUGUCACAUGUUCUGAAUUGACUAAUCCAAACUUUAUUUAGCCUCUGUAUUGUUUGUUAGGUUGGGAACCGCUGCUCUAGGGUUAAACACUAACUAACUCUUUACAAACACUAUAGGGACUGAUCCAGAGUCAACCUGGGGACCACAGACGAACCCCGGACCCUCUACAGGACCCGAUACCUCCUCCCGGACCCUCUAGAGGACCUGAGACCUCCUCCUGGACCCUCUGGAGGAGCUGAUACCUCCUCUCGGACCCUCUGGAGGACCCUCUACCUCCUCCCGGUCCGAUGGGGACCCUGCGGGACCUUCAGUAUGCCCUGCAGGAGAAGAUCGAGGAGCUGCGGCAGCGAGACGCCCUGAUCGACGAACUGGAGCUGGAGCUGGACCAGAAGGACGAGCUGAUCCAGCAUCUGCAGACCGAGCUGGACAAGUACCGGUCCGUCCUGCGACCCGCCACCGCCCAGCAGGUCCAGAACCAGCAGAACCUGGUCCUGCAGCCGGACAAGCAUCGCAGCAAGCGGCAGGCCAUCUCCGCCGAGCCCAAUGCCUGCGACAUCAGCGAGCUGAGCCACGUGACGCUGCCCUUCUACCCCAAGAGCCCACAGUCUAAGGAGAUGAUAAAAGACGCCAUCCUGGACAACGACUUCAUGAAGAACCUGGAGCUGUCUCAGAUCCAGGAGGUGGUGGACUGCAUGUACCCCGUGGACUUUGGUCCGGAUGCCUGCAUCAUCAGGGAGGGAGACGUGGGGUCCCUGGUCUACGUCAUGGAGGGUGAGGAAGCAUGUGUGUGUGUGUGUCUUGGGAGAUGUUUUAAGCUUGUUGUUUACUAUGCUAGCAGUUUCCCUCCGUUUCCAUUCACUAUGCUAAGCUACGUUAACCAGCUGUUUCUUCAUAUUUACUGACACAAGAGAGGAGUCCA